CUGGAGAGUACGGAGUGUUUGGGAGCUGUAGGUUCGUCCGGCCAGCAGUGGUUUAAAACGGGACUUUGUGGCGGUUUUUGUUCUUUGGUGGAUGAAGAUGCUGCUAUUGUUCCUGCUCUUCAUGAACGUUUCCCAGCAUGCCCUGGCUGUGGUGGUGGAGGUCAAUGAGGGGGAAAGGUCUGUCCUACUGCUCUGUCUGUACUCAGGGUUUAUGCCUAAGGACCCCACAGUGAUGUGGACUCGUAAUGAUCUCCAGCCAAAGUCUGUGCAUCUACGAGGAGGAGGAAGAGAUGAUCUCAGAGGGCAAAACCAGCAUUACAGCGGACGCACAUCAAUGAAUCUUUACGCUCUGAUCACGAAAGACUUCAGUCUCACUCUGAGAAAACCCACAAUCACUGACAGUGGCAACUACACCUGCUCCAUCAGUGCUGGAGGACAAGAACGCAGACUGAGAGACAUCCAGCUGCAGGUCAAAGACCAGCAGAUGGAGGUGAAGGUGAAAGAAGGCUCAGAGUUUGUCAUCCUGCCCUGCAAAACAAAUCCUGACUUGCCAGAGGACACCAGAGUGGAGUGGACUCGCUCUGACCUAGGACUCAUGAUGAUUCAUGAGUAUUCAAACAAAAGUGGCCAACUUGUGACACAGGAUGACUUUUACAAAGAUCGAACACACAUGAAUGAAGACGUGCUGAGAACCGGAGACCUCAGUCUGACCCUGAAACAGCCCAAAGAAAGAGACACAGGACGAUACAUCUGCACCAUCUACAGGGACAAAGACAUCUUGAGGCAGAAAGUAGUGCUCAGUGUCAAAGAACCGUUUCCAUCCUGGGCCAUAGCUCUUCUGGUUCUCCUGGUUCUUCUUGUUGUUUCUGGAGGUCUUUUGUUUUAUUUCCGGCAUUAUUUUGUGGCAUGGUUCAUCUGUCAGGUGGAGGUGGAGGAGGGCGUGGAGUCUGUUCAACUGCCCUUCAAAACCACAGAAAAUCUGCCUGAAGAUAUUAAAGUGGUUUGGUGGGACAGUAGUGAUAGGAAGGUCCACGUGUACCCGAUUCGCUCUAACUGGUCUGUAGAACAGGACUGGUUUUACAAAAACCGAACAGAAAUGAACAAAGACCUGCUGAAAACUGGAGACCUCAGUCUGACCCUGAAACACCCCACAGGGAGAGACAGUAGAGAAUACAGAUGUAAAGUCUAUGGCAAGAUAAACAGAUACAAAAAAGUAUUGCUCAAAAUCAAAGUCCCCCAGCUGGUGGAGGUAGAUUCAGAGGUGGAGUUUGUUCAGCUGCCCUGCAUAACCACAGUUCAUGUUCCUGAAGAUGCUAAAGUAGAGUGGACAAACAGAGACAACAAGAAGGUCCACGUGUAUCAGAAUGGCUCUAACCAGCCUGAAGAACAGAACCAGUGUUACAGAGACCGGACAACGAUAGGUGAAGACCUAAUGAAAACUGGAGACCUUAGUCUGACCCUGCAGUACCCCACAGACUGGGACACUGACACCUACACCUGCACCGUCUACAGCAGGGAGAGAUGCAUCCUGGUGGAGAAAAAGGUUAAGCUGAAAGUUAGAGCAUCCAAAGGACCUAAACAGCUACAGACCAGUGUCACUGACUUCACACCUGAUGAAGACACUGGAGAGUAUAUGACUUGCAACACCAGAGACAAUAAAAUAUUGGACCUGUUUUAUGCCAAUGCAAAGGAGGCCAAGAAUGAUGAGGACAGCGAGUACAGAGGACUGAUCUCAGUCUUUGUGGAUUGGUGUUUGAACAAUCACCUCCAGAUUAAUGCGAGGAAGACCAAAGAACUGGUGGUGGACUUCCGCAGGGGCAGACAUCCUCCUACAUCGGUGAACAUCCAGGGAACACACAUUGAGAGAGCGGACCUUUACAAAUACCUAGGUGUUCACAUAAAUAACAAACUGGACUGGACUGAUUAUAUUGGGACUGACUAUACUGUGGCACUGUACAAGGAAGGCCAAAGUAGACUUCACCUACUCAGGAGACUGAGGUCAUUUGGAGUAGAGAGGAACUCCUAA